AUGAAAUGUGGUGAUGGUGUUAUUAAUUAUGAUAUUACUGAUAUUAAUAAAAACGAAGAUCCUAGUUGGACAUCGUUUGAGAAAUUACUACUUGUUCAAGCUGUUUACAAGUAUGGUGAAAAUUGGUUAGCAGUUACUCGUACAAUGAAACAUCAUCCUUUGAAAGAACAUCCUAAAGAAUUUUUUACCACAAAGGCUUGUACUGAUAAGUUUAAACUUUUGAUUGAACCUUUGCAACUUGAUUUAGAAGAUGCUCAUCGUAUGUCAGCCACAGCAAAAUUAGCUAAACAACUUUAUCAAGAUCAUGAACAACAACCAUCACCUAAUAAAGAUGCUGUUAAAGACAACAUUGAUAAUAUUAAAGAUGGUGAUGAAAAUAAUAUAAUUAAUAUUGUUGAUAAUAAUAAUGAUGAUUAUGAUGAUAAUAAUGUCAAUGACGAUAAUAUAGAAUCAAAACAUGACUUACAUAAAGAUGUAACAAAAUUAUUAGGAAAAGUUACUACUACUUCUAAUGUUAAAAAACAUGAAUCAUCAUCAAAUGUAUCAGAUCAAACGACAGAAAUAGUAACACCGUCUCAAAUUGAAUACAAUGAAUCUUCUUUAGUACCUGCUUUAGGUUUAGUAGCUGCUACUCCCACUGGUGAAGUUUCAUCAACGCCUGCUGGUGCUUCUACUUCAACACCUGGUGCUGCAUCAAUUUCCACUCCUGAUGUUAUAAAAACGCCACAUUCUAAUUCUAGUGAGGUAGCGCCUGGUGAUAUGUUUGAAAAUACUAAUGAUGAUAAUAAAAAGUUAAAGAAAUGGCUGAAACUUGUGUCUAUGAUAUUACAUGAGAUAAGCAAUCAUCGAUGUGCUAGUUUGUUUCAGAAUCCUAUAAGAGAACAGGAUGCGCCUGGUUAUAAUGAAAUAGUUAACCAUCCAACAGAUUUAAAAACAUUAAAAAGGCGUCUUCGUGAUGGAGAAAUAACAAAUACUGACCAAUUUCAUCGCGAACUAAUGUUAAUGUUUAUGAAUGCGGCAAUUUAUAAUCGUGAGGAUACUGAUGUUUAUCGAAUGACGACAAUGAUGAAAGAUCAUGUUGAAGAUCAAAUACUUGAGUUUAGACAAACUGAAGAUUCUAGAGGUGUUAUACAUGAACCAGCUACAAGGAGAAAGAGUAUGGCUUCAGAUGGUAGAUCACGUCAAUGA